UCUGGAUGCAUCCACAAGGCAGAAAUAAGUCCUGAGUUGGCAGCUCAUCCCUCGCCAGGUGGGGGCAACCCGGCGUAGCUGGCACAUGAAAUUAUGGUGAGGGGAGGGCAGGCACUGGACGCAGCCAGUGGACAAGUGGGGUCAUUGGACGCUUACCAUGCCCGGCAUUCAUUAUGCCAUAAUCCUUCCUCGCUUUUCUGGAAAAACUGAAUAGCGCUAGAAUCACUGACUCAAUUUUUGGAUCUCAUUUUCAUGACAAAGCGAUUGUUCCUCUGUUUGCCUCCCACUGUUGGCGCUCCCCAACGUGGCGAGGCAGGGCUAUAAAAGGGAGCGCUCAAGGUCUCAGUGCAACAUCGAGACCUCAGGGCAAACACCGACCACUGCUGCCACCUUCGCAUCAUCGAGCCUGCGUCGCAACAAAUAUCCAAGAUGGGCAGGAUUGUCUUCUAUGAGGACAAGAACUUCCAGGGCCGCCGGUACGAGUGCGACAGCGACUGUUCCGACUUCCACACUUACUUGAGUCGCUGCAACUCCAUCCGCGUGGAGAGCGGUGCUUGGGUGGUAUACGAGAGACCCAACUUCCUGGGCUAUCAAUACGUCCUGACCCGGGGCGAGUACCCCGAGUACCAGCGCUGGAUGGGCCUCAACGACCGCCUGAGUUCCUGCAAGAUGAUCCACUUUACAAGCGGGGGCGUCUACAAGAUGCAGUUGUACGAGAAGGCCGAGUUUGGGGGCAAGGCUUUCGAGGCCACGGAGGACUGCCCCUCGCUCCUGGAAAAAUUCCGCUGGAGGGAGGUGAACUCAUGCAAGGUUUUCGACGGCUGGUGGGUGUUCUACGAGCACCCCAACUACCGCGGCCGUCAGUACUUCCUGGAGAAGGGCGAGUACCACAAGCCCGGCGACUGGGGCGCGGCCAGUGCUGCGGUCCAAUCCUUCAGGCGCCUCACUGAAUGAGUCGCCGACCCAUGGCCACUCCCCACCCCACGCAAUCGACACGA